ACAGAAGUAUUUUCAUUUCAAGAUUUAACCCAGAUCUCAUCUCUUUCCUCUUAGACUUGCACAUCACCAACAAAACUCCCACUCGCAUGUCCCAUCCAAAAUCAAAAUGCACUGCCUGAAAUCCACAACACCCUCCCUUAGAUCUUCCUAUUUAAUCUCUUAGAUCAUUAGAGUCUCCUCAAAAAUGGGCUCCAACCAGUCUGUACAAGUAGUCGAGGAAGAACAAGAAGAAAGCCAAGACGAAGACGAAGACGAAGACGACGAGGAAGAUAACAAUGAAGAAGGAUCCAACUUAAGGGAACUCGAAAGCAACCACUUGGGCAAAAAAGUACUCGAACAAGAACCCGAAAUGUUACCCUGUUACGCGUCAGCAUCCCCACUCUCUCCACAGCUAUCUUCAUUGGGUACUCCCAGGAUGGGUCCUUCAAUCAAAGUGUGGGACCCAUAUAAUGUAUUAGCUCCACCUCCUCCGCUGCCUCCACCUCCGGUUUUCUCCCGGAGUUUCUCUUUGGGUGAUGAUCGAAAGUUGAUUGAGGUUUAUUUAAUUAACCAUGGAGAGUGUGAGUUGAAUUUGAGGCCUGAUAUUGUUGGUGGAAGAUGCGACGCAGCCACCUUGACUUCUAAUGGGAAGCGGCAAGCCAGGGCAUUGGCUGUGUUCCUAAAUUCUCAAGGGGUCAAGUUUAAUGCCGUUUAUUGCUCUCCGUUGGAUCGAGCUAGAUCGAUGGCUCUUUCCGUUUGUCAGGAGAUGAAUUUUGCAGAGACACAGAUACAAUCCUCUGAUGCACUUAUGGAUCUGAAUAUGGGGCACUGGGAGGGGUACCCUCGAUCAGAAAUAUAUACUCCUGAAGUUUUAAGUCUAAUGGUAAGAUACCAACCUGAUUUUUCUGCGCCUUCUGGAGAAUCUCUCAGGCAACUGGAAUUUCGAAUGGUUCAAUUCUUGAAUGGAACAGUCCUUGGACUUCCUGAAAAGUUGAGAUCUGAUUUUUCCUUACACCAAAAUGAGAGUCAAGGACUUGCACACCAUAACGCCCAUGCUCUAACUAACUCAGUUCAUGACAGAGAUGUAACUUCUCUUCCACCAUCCCAUUGGGAUAUGCUUCAAAGGCAGCGACAUGGGCUAUCAAGGAAAAAGUCUGGUAAGAGCAGGCUACAGUUUGUGUCGCAUAUUGGUGAACAUGAUGCUGAUGAUGAAAUGUCUCCCCGGGAAGCCAAUCAUCAACCUGACCUUCAUGACUUAAAUGUCAGCAGUUCCUCUUCCCCCUCCACCUCAUCAGCCUCCUCUUCUGUUGGCCUUUUUACCCAUUCCCUGCCAAUUAAAUGUCUCAUCACGGGUCUCCUUGACUGCAGCCCUGUAAUAUCACAUAAGAUCUGCAUAGAAGACUCUUCUGUGACUGUACUACAGCAUUCAUGCAAAACAGGCUGGCAGAUAAAACGGUUGAAUGAUACUGCACAUCUUAGGCUUCUCUAGUUGGAGUUUGAGACUUAUUAUUAUCCUACAGCAGAAUUGCCGGUGGAAAAGUGAGUUGUUAAGUGAUGGCUAGAAUAUGGCAUUACUAUGAUUCAUUCAUCCAAGUAUCCUGCAACUCAUGCUCUCACUUGUGAUUCUUCUACACUAUGUUGUAGCAUUCAAAUUUAUUCUUUUGAUUUGUAGUGUUUAUGGCAGCUGAUUUUAUAGAGUGAAUUUAUAAUGUAAUUCCUGUACUGGGUUAAAAUAAUUGAUGUUGUCUAUAUAUAGAAAAUUGUAAUGAAGUUGCAUUU